AUUUGUUCAAUGUGCAAUAAUUGUCCUUUGGCUACCUAACAUCUAGGAACUUACGGUACAUUUUCUUGCUUACGAGUAUGCUUGACUAAUCUCGAGUCUUUGACAGGCUCUUUUUUUCACUUGUCGUUUCAUCGUGCAAUGUGACUGGGGAUAGCCCCACGGCCGUCAUCAUCCGGUUUGGUCAUCGCCACCCUAUCUCGCUUCACAUAACCGUCCUGAAACAUCACCAAUUCAGUAGUACUAUCAUGGGUUAUCUGAAGGCAGCAUCAGAGUUCCGAGCAGUCAAGUGGUCCAGGCACUUGGCCGGCCCUUAUCCUACAGCUCUACACCCCGUCUCCUCUCGACUCUUGAUAUCCUCCUCCAAGCACCGUCAGCUCUGGGGAUGCGCCUACCACCAGCGAUACAGCCAAGACUCCGGCAAGAGACAUUUUUAUGAGCACCAGCGCUUCUGUAGUCCUCAGGUGCGCAGCAGACCAUCCCGCCAAUUUCGACCGCAACCUACAAUCUUUGACGAUCAUCGGCCGUGGUGGAGUCAACCAUCGAAUCUGCCACCAAAAACAAAUAAUAAUCUGUCAGAGAAUUCAACCCCAUUUGACAAUGUAUGGGAGAAAGAGGCGGAUCGAACACGUCGCAAAAUGGAUCACAUUAAGCGGGAAAUCGAGAAAGACCCCUUCGGGGCUCUGUUCGGGAGAAGACUUGAGCCGUUGAAGUCCUUCGAGAAAUUCGAUGAUACGUUUACCUCUCUUUGUCGUUCUAUUUUUGGCCUUGUCACUAAGCCAGCGAGUCCAGCAAAUGCGAAAGUGCGUCCUACCACAGCCGCCGCGACCCCCAGGGAAACCCCGGAUAUGAUGAAGAGAUCAUCUUCGACGGAUUUGAAGGAUACAAGCGGCUCAGAUGUGCCUAGUGCGAAGGCGAAUACUACAAGAUACGAAUUUGACCCGAUCAGUGGCCGUAUGGUUUCCAAGGAAGCCAAGAAUGCCGAUGCGGCUGAGAUGACUGGAGGUGGAAAUAUUCCGCUUGGCCCAGAAGCGAAACCUACUUUCGGCCAAGAAACUACAGGGUAUAUGUCUCCAGUGCAUCUGAAGCCAAAUGAUUCUAGUGCACCGGAAAUCCCUACCCAGAUGAAAUCAGACGAGGGGUUGGUGGAGAAGAUUGGGCCAACCAAAAACGAAGAAUCGCAGGACAUCUCAUCUCUCGUAGAUGCAAGUACCACUAAAAGCGAAUCUACAGGCCGUUUGAGACCAUCAGAGGGUGGCUCUUCUGAUUCACCGGAAGCAACUUAUCCUUCGGAAAGAGUUGAACUGGAGUCGGCCCAGCACCGAGCCUUAUCGGAAUCACCAGAAAACGAUUCGAUUAAGCCGCUCCUGAGGCACGACGCGCAGGAGCAGGUACUGCAAUCGAGAUCACAUUCAGAUGGUUGCGAUCCUGCCCUGGGGUUGAACGACUCCAGUGUCAGUGACAGAAUCAAUUCAUCGGAUCCCGCCAAAUUGGACCAGUCAAUAGAUAACUCGACAAAGCUACAGAAUGCGAGUCGUGAACAGGAGGAAGACUUAGAGUCCCUAAGUGCCAGCGGGAUUCGUGCCUCGUAUCUUAAGAUGGACGCGGAUAUGAAGACCCAAGCAUUACAAGACUCGAACGAACUUGGUGACAUGUCAGACACUGUUAAGCGUCAUCAGCUCGAGGAGAGUGUAAAGAUUGGCACUGCACAAUCUCAGAAGGCACCCGACGAAGCCUCUCCGUCCACACUUGACGGUCUGGAAGCACUAAACUCUCAGGCUUCAGCCUUGAAAGCUGUAAACACAUCUUCUUCACUUGCUUCAGACGAAGUACCAUUCGCUGCACAGCCCCCCGGCCCGACGCCGCUCAUCGCGCAAGGUAUUCCUAGUCAAGGGCUUGUCGAGACAUACCGCGUACUUGCCUUUGAUCCUAUCACACUUCGAGUGACGGAAGCAGAAACAAGCUCGUCUUUCCAUGCACCCGAGGAGCCACUGCAUCCCACAGAGAUACUCAGUCGCUUGAACAAUCCUGCAAGAUUCUUACCGUACUUUGAGAGAUUGAAUAAUGAUGGGUUUGAGAUAGUUUCUGGAGGCGGAGAUAUACUCGUCUUUAAAAAGAUACGAGAUUCGCGCAAGGUUACCAGCGAAGAAGGCCAUGACGAGGUUACUGCUUCGGCAACAGUAGCCAACAAACCUGCGCCGUUGUCAUCCUUUGCGUCAAAUGAUGGCAAUCUAAAAAGUAAUACUGUACUUGCUCAAACACAAAAUGCCAAAGCCAGCCGCGGUGAGCACGCCUCCCAAGAAAGAAAGUCUGCGAGAAUCCUCCGCAGAAUGCUUCUCGGUGGCGUAGCUACCGCUGGAACGUGCUACGCGGUAGGAGUUGUGACUGAAUACUUCCGUACCGGUGGAGAGGAUGGGCGUGGAGUGGACGGGUUUACUGCAUUUGAAUCCGACCGGCGUCGGCGGGAAUGAUUAUGUUUUCGAAUGUUUGCUAAGCUUUGGAACCAUUCGGGCUGGACGUAUGUGGUAUUCAAACUGACUAAACUCUCCUCCAUGUAUGAUACAAAUUUUCUCUUAUGUUGAUCCAG